AUGAGUAAAAUGGACACUGUGAACUAUAAAUUAAGAAGAUUUGAGGGAUGUAGCAAACCUAAAGAUUAUGAAAGACUUGAAAAAUUAGGAGAGGGAACUUUUGGAGAAGUUCAUAAGGGUAGAAAAAAGAGUACACAUGAUUUAGUUGCUAUGAAACGAAUUUUAAUGCAUAACGAAAAAGAAGGAUUUCCAAUAACAGCAUUACGAGAAAUAAAAAUACUAAAAAUGCUUUCACAUGUUAAUGUUAUACCUCUUAUGGAUAUAAUUGUUGACAGAGGUGAUCGUAAAGAAAGAAAACACGGUUCGAUUUAUAUGGUUACACCAUAUAUGGAUCAUGAUCUAUCAGGAUUAUUAGAAAAUCCAAAGGUUAAUUUUUCAGAAGCUCAAAUAAAAUGUUAUAUGAAACAACUUUUAGAAGGAAUAAGCUAUCUUCAUCAAAAUAAUAUUAUGCAUAGGGAUAUGAAAGCUGCAAAUUUGCUUAUUAAUAAUAGAGGGAUACUCAAAAUAGCAGAUUUUGGCUUAGCAAGAACUUUCGAAGAACCUUUUCCUAAUAAAGAUAAUUAUAUUAUUGCACGAGAGUAUACAAAUUGUGUUGUUACUAGAUGGUACAGACCACCUGAAUUACUUUUAGGAGAAAAAAAAUACACUGCCGCAAUAGAUAUGUGGGGUGUUGGAUGCGUAUUCGGGGAAAUGUACAAACAAAAACCCAUUCUUCAGGGUAAAUCUGAUAUAGAUCAAUUGGCAAUAAUUUUUGAGAUUUGCGGAUCACCAACAGAAUCUACAAUGCCAGGAUGGCAAAGUUUACCAAGAAGUGAAAGCAUAAAAGCUUUUCGUACGUAUUUUCGUACUCUUGAAGAUAAAUUUUCAGAAUAUGGUCCUCGUAUGGUAUCUCUUUUAGGACAUCUUCUUACUCUUGAUCCUCAUAAACGAUUUUCUGCAUUGGAUGCCCUUAAUCACAGUUAUUUCCAUACAUCACCAUUGCCUGCUGACCCAUCAAUGCUUGAUACAUACGAUCCAAGUCAUGAAUUAGAUAGGCGGAAAUAUAGAGAAGAAAAAGGAUAUGGAAAUUAUUUACAUUCUGAAUCUAAAGAAAAAUCCAUGGAUACAAAAAAUAAAUGGGAAGGGAAAAUCUAUGAGAGAAAUCCUCCAUUAUGGAUAAUGAAUAACCAAAAAUUAAAAAACACAAAAUUUAGACUAAAAGAUAAUUAUACAAGAGAAGACUCAGAUAGUUAUAUGCAUCAUAAAUCAUCAUUCUCAUCAUAUUCUCACAAUCAAGAUAAGCAAUCAAAUUUUGAAUAG